GUUUAAUUCUGAAUUGAUUGAAUGAUUUGUUUGGUUUUGUAAAAAAACAUCAACAACAAAGAUAAUUUUAAAAAAAAUGAUUGAAUCAAAUCAAGGAGUUAUUGGCCAUAAUUUUGGUCAAACACAAUUUCCACGAAAUCAUCUUCAUGAUCAACCUCAUCAUCAUCAUCAUAAUGAUAAUAUUUAUUCAUCUAGUCAAUCAAAUCAUUCAAUGAUUUUAUCAUUAUUAUUGAAUAAUAAUAACAACAACAACAACAAUAAUACCUCGACAAUAUCACCAUUAUUAUUAAUUAAUUAUACAAAUAUUAUUACAGAUCAACAAACCAAUAUAAUGAGAAUGAUGAUUAAUAAUAAUCAAAAUAAUCAUAAUGAUGAUAAUAAUCAAAUUUUAAUUAAUGAUGAUAUUAAUAAUAAUCAAAUUGAUAAUAAUGAUAAUUUAUGUCAGUUGCAUGCACCGGUUGAAAUGUUAGAUGAAUGGAAACAAUUAUUAUUCGGUUCAUCAAUAUUCAUAACAGCAAUUAUUACAUUUUUAUUAAAUUUAUUUGUUAUUAUUACAUUGAUUAUUAAUCGUUAUUGUAAUUUUGAUCAAUCCGGUAGCCGUCAGAAUAGUUUAUCAACAACAACAACAAUACCGGCAGCAGCAGCAGCAGCAGCCACAGCAACUAAUAAUAAUAAACAAAUGAUAUCAAAUGAUACAAUUGUUGUACAUCGUGUUUCAUCAAUAUCAUCAUCCAAAUCAUCAACAACAACAAUAAAAUCCUUUUCACAUACACAACAAUCAUUUAUAUCAUUAUCAAUAUCGGUUAUAUUAUAUAGUUCAAUUUGUGUACCGGCAAUGUAUUUGGAAACAAUUGAACAAUUACCAACAACAUGUUCAAAUUGUUUUAUAAUAACAUCAUUAAGAUUUGGUUUUUAUGUUGCACCGAUUGCAUCAUCAUUUAUGCAUCUAUUAAUGGCAUUUGAUAGGUAUGUUCUUAGAUAUCUUGCCAUAAAACAAUGUUAUCUAUUUCAAUCAUAUUGGUAUCGAAGACAUUAUACAUUCUGUAUUGUAUUGGUAUGGAUUGCAAGCACAUUGAUUAUAAUUCCAUUUUUUUGGUACCAUAAAUUUGGACGUACAAUGCAAAUAUUAUUAACAUUAAUGCGUUUAAUGUUAACAUUUUCAAUACCAUCAUUAUUAACAUUAUAUCUUUAUCUAAGUAUUGCUUGUGAAUUAAAACGUGUUGCUAGUACAACAAUAAUUGUAACACCAUUUAUAACAAAUAAUCGUUUGAUUUUAAAACAUCGUGAAAUUAUUGCCAAAAUUAUUUUACUUGCAUUAAUACAUUUUUUAUGUUGGUUUCCAUUUUCGGUUAUGGAAUCAUUGAAUGAUCUGUUUCCAGAUCUAUUUAGUCAAUGUAAUUUUCAAUUACAAACAUAUUAUUGUACAAUGGCAAUAUUAAUUUUAUUUACAUCGAUGAGUGGUAUUGCAUAUCCAAUACUUUAUUGUUUUGUAUCAAGUGAAUUUCGGAAAAUUUUUAGCCAAAAAUUGACAAUAUUUUCAUUUUUUACCUAUUAA